UUUUGAUGAAAUCAAGCACUAUUGUGGUACCGUUAAAAAAAAUGACAAAUUCUUUGGGUACGAUUUGAUCAAAAAGCAAGCAGUGAUUCUGCUUCCGCAGCUUCCUUUUCCUCCACUACUUCCGUUGACAGUGCGCUUGUUUUGAUUGUGCGCCAACUUUGGACCGUGAUUGGCGUGCGAAUAGAACAGUCUGGUAUGGCUUUAUGUCGGCGACCCGCAGUUGUAAGGAAACGUCCCUGUGACAGUCGCGCAAAGCGUUCUCCCGACUAUGUUCGUCGCUUGCUAAUUCCUUCCGUGUGCGAGCGACGCUGAAGAAACAAAAGAAAAGGCACGCUGCGACCUGUAGCCUCCAAAGCUAAAAUGGCGCUCAGUAGAUCCUUCGGAAAGUUUGGAUCAUGUCUUGUAUGAGGUGUCACGAUGUCUCGGCUCGCCAAACAAUCGCCAAAUCAACAGUACAUGUGGGGCUUCAAUGCUCCUCACCGCUGUGCUCACUGCAAACUGCGCUUCGUCGACGAGGACGAAUUGGGGCACCACCACCGGCGCCAGCAUGGACUCAAGCUCAUGGCCGUGGAGAACUGGAACUCCGCCGAGCGAUGCUACGGACCGGCGUCGUCGACUCCCUCCCGGGCGCCGCAGACGACCGACUUCAACUGUCUUCUGUGCGAUCAGAGAGCGAGCUCCUGGGUCGAGGUUUCGGCGCACAUCACUCACGCUCAUUCUCGGCGCGUCUGCCCCUCCUGCGGUCGCCUGUUCGCCAACGAAGCCGCGCUGAAGUCUCACUGCAGGAACAUGCACGACGCCGCGCGAGCGAGAAAUGCGCUGUCCUGCGGCACGGACGCGUCGUCUUUGUCGUCCCCCUCCUCGUCUCUCGAAGCGUGCUGCGCAAGCGAGCCGGCGAGCGUGGCGGAGAGCGGCAAUGUCGACGACUUGCCGACCGCAUCGCCCGCCCAAGUGGACUGCAGCAUAUGCCAGCUGUCCCAGAACCACCCGCAGGAUUCGAACGGCGCGUUCAGCUGCGCCCACUGUACGUGGUCGUCGCUGAGCGUGUCGCGACUGAAGCAGCACCACCUCGAGAUGCACGACAAGGGCGAGUACGCGAAACUCUUGCUCCCGGAAACACCUGCUGCCGAAGUUGAGCCGGCGGCGCAUGGCAUUGAGAGCUGCUCUCGGGACAGUUUCGCGGAUCGGGACACCGAAAGUGUCAGCGGACCCUCCUCCCGGGCCGAGAGCCCCGAUCUCGCUACGGGAUCGCAUGGCGACAAGAUUAGCAAGGCGGUCGUUCCCUCUGUAGCGGGCGGUGCUCACUUGCGCGACAAAAAAGGAAACGAUAGGACGUUAGGGCGAGGAAAGCUCGAGAUCGCGUGCCCGAGUUGCAACUUCACCUGCGCCACGCUUCUGGCGCUUCGCCUGCACCACGUCUCCGAGCACGACGGAAAACCGUUUCACGAACCGCGCAGCGAAGGUACGAAACAGAAGUCGUCAGCCGCCAAGGCAAGACAAGUGUCGCACAGCAAGACGACAGCUAGAUCCGAGUCGAGGCAGUCGUCGAACGGUAGUCGUGCCAAUCGUGCCAACAGGAGCUUCACGGCGCACGGCUACCAGCACGACGGCUUCGUUUGCAGCGACAAGAGUAGCCUGGAAUCCGACGACGAAGAUAGCUCCAGCACUGCCGCGAAGAGCGCGCCCUCGGAAGCCGAUGUCAGCUGGCAUCCGAGUGAGCUAUCGGGUGAGGAGACACUUCAAGAGGAGGAGGAGGAGGAGUCGUCUUCCAGUGGCAGUGUAGAUAAUGAAAUGUUUCGUGUGUCUUGCGAGAAGUGCCGGGAGAGGUUCGUCUCCAAGUUGAGUCUUGCAGUUCACAUGAGCAAAUUGCACAGAAUGUCAUUCUUUUGCACCUACUGCUUCCGCGGUGCGAAGCGAUCUGACCUUUUGCAGCUCCAUCACCAACGAGAGCAUCGCCGGCUCCCGUUCAGUUAUGACACACUCGACGGGCUCAGGUUGGUGACGGUUAACAGCGUUGACUCGGAUGAGAGUGAAGAGAAUGAUGUCACUGAAAAUACAAGUUUUGCUCGCAAGCCUGUUCGACAUCCUGCAAGGCACCGUCAUCGAGCCGUUCAGAAAAAGCCCCUGAGAAACUCCUCGCAACAAUCUUCUGCACAAAAUUCCUCAAGUGAGCAGCUUGAUUCCAUGCAGUGGCGGCGGAAAAGGCAGAGACUUCUGUCCUCAACCAGUGAGGAGACGACAGACUGCUACGAGCCAGAGAUUAUGGACACCAUUUCACGCAGUGUCUACUAUGGUUACCGUUGCCCCAAGUCUGUUCGUGCUUUCCACCAAUUGGUGGCCAACAUAAGCCACGAGUUCAAGUGUAGUGCUUUUACUUGUGGCUUCAGCACGGACAGCGCUUCGGAUUUUGAAGAUCACCUGAAGAAUCACGAUCUCGCUGAUGUCUUCUGCCUGUAUUGUGGUGCUAGUGUCGCCAGUCCAGGAGCCCUGCUAACUCAUCUCGAAGAAGACCACAGCGAUCUGCGGUUCCAGUGCUGCAAGUGCUUGUACCGAACUGCCCGCAAUAUGCAUUUCAGUGUUCAUUUUCCUCAAGCUCACCCACAGGAUUCGGUUACAUCCAUUUCCCUGUCCAGCCGUGGGGACCCUGCUGCGUCCACUUCCUCUGUACAGAUCAAAGAGUUCGAUCCAUAUGUGUGCGGGUUUCCAGGAUGUAUGUUUAGAAACAGGAAACGGUGCGAGUUUGAAAAGCACUUUGAAGAGGCUCAUGUCGAUGCAGACUCAUUUCCCUGUGGAAGGUGCACUAAGAGUUGCCAGUCUGUAACGGCACUCGUUGAACACUUUCAAGACCAUGGUUUUGCCGACAUUGAGUGUGGCUAUUGCAGCUUCGGAACGGCAAGCACCGGCGCCAUGAUGCUCCAUGCCUGCUACUGCCACUCGAGCCAGAUGACCAUGUUUCGGGUCAGAAGCGACAAUCUCGGCAAGGAGCUUAUCACUUCUUCUGACAGGGGCGUCAAGUACGAGACCUCUUAUGACCUAAGCCACUUGACUUUUCAGCAGCGCUGCUGCUUCUGCCCGGCAUUGGUCUCUGGCUUCGAAGACUUUCAGAGGCAUACGUCGAGCAAGCAUAGUCUCUCCCUCUCCGUACAAGAGCUUGCCGACAAGCUCUUCAUGUCGUACGACUACAUAGAGGCAGUGAAACAUGGCCACUGCCCAUUCUGCUCAUUUUCCAUCGAUGACGUUGGCCGUCUGCAGCAGCACGUGUUGAAGCAAGAGCUUCGCGUCACGGCCUACGUCUGCUCGUCCUGCCUUGGCGGCUUCGAUGACCAGUUGUCCUGGCAAAAGCACAUUGACAAUGAGCGCUGCUCUGCGACCGCAACGCUGCUUGUAUGCGACACCAGGCCACUACUCUCAUGGGUGCUGCAGAACCUGCCAUUCAAGUUUCAGCGCUUCACCUGCCGCCACUGUGCGCAGGUUUUCCGAGUGGUGUCGACCUUCCGGAGCCACUUCCUGCGUCACUACACAUACUACCCGACAAUAUGCAAGAUGUGCAGCCAGUCAUUUCGUGGGAUCCGGGCCAAGGAGUGCCACAUGAAAGCUGUCCACGGCGGGUCGGGCCCUGCUGAAGGCAUGGAUGCAAACAUCGAAGCAGAGAUUGCGCGCCAGGCCAUUGUGUGCGCUCUCCACACCUGCCAGCGAUGCGGCUUUCAAACAUUCAGCCAGUCAUACAUCGAAGCGCACAGGGAAAAAUGCUCGCUAUCAGAAAGUUCAGUGCCUGCACUUCAAGCCAGCAGUGACAGGUCCGAAAAGGGCAGCUUGACUACCGAGGAAGAUGAAGAUGUCCCAGCAUAUUACUGCAUGCACUGUAGUGUGAGCUUUAUGUACUUGGAGCGACUGCUAAGCCAUGGCUUCACUCAGCAUGGCUGUGCUUACUUCUGUUCCCGCUGCUACCGAGGUUUCGACACAAAGGAACACUUUGUGCGGCACUGCCGGGGCCGCGCCUGCAGGCGGCCGUCAUCUGUCUUUCACGUAGAUGUGGUGAAGAGGUCCUCAAAGAGGAAGUUUUUCUUCAGGGAGAUCACCAUCGACUAUGACAUCGGUAAUGGGUCAUACAGUUCAUCGGGAGAGGAGCUGGAUGACGAGAUGGACGAAUGCUACUACUCUUUCUACAACCAGGAUUAUGAGCCAGUGCAGGGAAUUGACCGCACGUAUGUCACGGACGAGACGACGGGCAUGAGACUUCCGGUGUCGGACCUUGCACGAGUUGUGAAUAUCGAAGCCUAUGUUUGCAUUCGUGAUUGGAAGAAGACAAUCUUUUGAGCUUGCUGCUUUGAACGACGACUUGUUUGCAGUUUUUUUCUCCCCCUAUUUCAACUGUCCUUAAUUUCAAUCCUUUCAUAUUAUACCCAUGCGGUGCAUUCCAUAACUUUGUGCAACAUGCUCUGAAGUGUUGUGCAUGUUGUGCUUUUGAUAAACUGCUAACGAAAGCCAUUGCUGGCAUUGUUGAAAGAAUCUUUGCUCUGCAGCAUUACACCAUGGUGUUAUUUCUGUGAUCGGUGUGUGAUUUUGUGGUCAAAAAGAAAAGUGCUGAAAGAGGUCUGCUUGGCCGUGUUUUAAAACGACCCACUUCUUGUUCCAUUCUUUAUGAUCUUAAUCGGCUUAGAUUCCAUCAUGCCGCCGUUACCGGCAGAAUCUGCCGAUAGCAACCUAAGAUUGUUGCAAAACACAAACCCAAGUGCUGUUUGUUUCUAGCUUCACCUUCAUUACCUACACUGUGCAAUGUAUGAGCAUUUUUACGUGCUCUGAAUGUCCCACUUAAAGGUUAAAUUGGAUUGAAACAGUAAUUACAACCAUUGCCUAUUUCUGUAGCAGGUCAUCUUAAUCACUUUGAGCUUAUGUACAUAACCUCCAUAUUCAUAAUGUGCAUCAACAUGAAGCCCAUGCAUGACUUAGAUUAGACGACGCCUAGCGUGGUUGUAGUCAAGACAUUGCUUUUCCUUCGAUGUAUUUACAUCAAGCAUUACUUUGACCAAGUGAAGCAUGGGCUUCCAGUUAAGGCACAUUUAUGAAACAGAGGAGCAAAUGGCUGGAGUAGUGCACUCCAUAUUUGUUUUUUCAAGCUAAUUUAAAAUGUCAUCUGUGCUUCCAAUGCUUGUUCGAAAUGUUUGGGUUGAAUAAACACAUUGUUUCUAUAAACGUAA